CCCCCCCCCCUCCCCGGGUCACGUGAGCGCGGCGCGAGGCUGCGACUCCCCCUCGCGCACUUUGCGAGGCAAAGCGGUGGCGGCGGCGGCAGCAGUAGGCAGAGCAGAAAUCAUUCGGUGACAUGGCUGAAGACGAAGACUGGCAGCAGCUGCAGCACAUGCAUCAGCAACCCAUGGACAGCAGCCCAGGAGCCUCACCACUGGGGCUUGCACCAGAGGGAGGCAUUCUUCUGUCGCCACACAAUGUCUCUGGAGCCAAGGAGCACGCUGUUGGCACACCUGAAGCACAAGAGAACAAGUCCAUGCCAGAGACAAAGAAGAGUCCCGUCCAUGAAAAUGGGCACAGCUUACCAAAUGUUAAACAAAAUGGGGUUGAGGGAAGCCUAUCUUCAGUUAACGCAGUAACUCCAUUAAAAAUGGAGAACCAAGCCACGACAGUGCCGGUCCACCUGCCACCAUCACCACCACUGUCUCCUCCCCUGAACCUCCCAGCUGCCGGGCAGAUAGAUGACGUGUCUGUCAGCAGCCCAAGCACUGAGCUAGGUGUGCAACAGAGCCCAGAAGAACACAUAGAGGCGGUUCUUUUGGAGACUGUUGAGGCAGGACAGCCACUUAAGGAAGCUGAGCUCUUGGGGGAAGUGGAGAGUCCUGAACAGCUGUCCCAUGUGUGGCAAGAAGAGAGCAGAGCUCAAAGUGAAGUGGUUUCUAAAGAUGCAUCCAUUGAGGAGACAGCCUUGAGUUGUUCCGAAACAGAGAAGACAACAGUAGCAACGACCUCUGCUCCUCUUGCAAGUAUAGAUUUAGUCAAACCAAGAAAGUAUCUCAAAGGUUCUUUAGCAUCAAACAAAACAUCCAGAAAUUGCUCCACCUUAUUUUAUUCAGCAAAAUUGCCAAUUACCCAGUUGGACAGUAAAUCUUCUCACACAUUAGCAAGUUCAAAAGUCUCAGAAACACCCACCAGUAGUAAAACACUGAUCCCCAGUUCAAGAGAUAAGACAUCUACAAGGCCACGAUUCUCAGCAAAUGUUGCAUCCACUAAAACUCCAGCAAAAACAUUGGAUUCAACUGAAAAUGUAGAGCCGACUAUAUCUCUUAUGAAAAAUACUCCCAGUGUUACACCUGAUAGACAAAAGUUGGGACCUUCAAAAACUAAUUCUAACAAAAGUAGGCCAAAACAAGUGUUUGAAUCGGCAGAGUCCGUGAUAAAAACCACUGAAAAGCAUGAGUCGAUAGGUAGUACACCUGGAAAAGUGCCCCUUAAUAAACCUGCAGAUGUGAAAAAUAUUUCAAGCUACAAAUCGAAAGUAUUUACUGCAACUCAUCUAGCGAGCCAAUCUGAAAGGACUAGACCCGGCACUGCACCUGAAUUUAGAAGAGAUUUAGGUGCAAGUCCUAGAGCUGCCACCUUUUCUAAACUUUCAACCACUUUCACAAGAAAUACAUCUGUAGCCAUUAGACCUACAUCUGCCAGCAUCAAAGUUCACACUAAGGUUGUAGACCUCAAAAGCCCACAGAAGAGUCCAGCUACGUGUCCAGACCCAUCUGCUGCCAAGCCAUCCUCAUCCCCACCCAGUGCUGUGAAACCAAAGACCGAACCAGCUGAACUCAAGUCCAAGGCUCCCAGUUCUGGCAUCCCAAAAAGAACUGAUCCCAAGCUGGCUGACCAGAAGAAACUCGAUUCUAUACAGCAGAGGUCCCCGAAUGCUACAGGGGCUAUGUCUGUUCGAGCCAAACCUACGUUCAACAGAGACAAAGAGGAGAAGAAGGAUAAGGGGAGUGGCAUCACUACACCCACCACACCAGGGACCCCAAAAACAGGGGGCACCCCUGGCAGCCGCUCACGGGGUUCGGGCACACAGCCUGCUACACACCGCGUUGGCGAGAAGCGCAUGGUGGCUCUUGUACGCACACCGCCUAAGUCACCGGGGUCCUCGCGACAGACGCGCCCCAUCACUACCGCCCCUAUGCCUGACCUGAAGAACAUCAAAUCCAAGAUCUGUUCCACCGACAACAUGAAACAUCAGCCCAAAGGAGGCAAGGUCAAGAUUGAGAACAAGCCUUUGGACGUCACUCAUGUUGUGUCAAAAUGUGGCUCCAAGGACAAGAUCAAACACGCCCCUGGUGGUGGGAAUGUCCAGAUUGUCAGCAAGAAAAUUGACUUAAGUCAUGUGACAUCCAAAUGUGGCUCAAAGGAUAAUCUUAAGCAUAAACCUGGUGGCGGUCACAUUUCUAUUGAGAACCACAAGCUGGAAUUCAAGGACAAGGCCCAGUCGAAAGUUGGCUCCAUGGACAAUGUGGAUCACAUGCCUGGUGGGGGCGUUGUGAAGAUUGAAAGCCACAAACUGAAAUUCCGCGAGAGUGCCCGAGCGCGAACGGACCAUGGUGCCGAGAUUAUAACUGUGUCGGCAAACGACUCGAUGGGCGGCUCCCCACAACGUCGCCACUCCAACGCCUCUUCCACCGGCAGUAUAAACAUGGUGGAGCCACAGCUGGAGACACUGGCUGACGACGUCACAGCUGCCCUUGCCAAGCAGGGACUGUGAUCUGUUCCACAGCAACACGAGUAUUUACACUUGCACGCACACACCAUCACACAUUCAUGCAAACCCAUACAGCAAGGGAAGUCUAUUGGAAUAGUAUUGAGCCGCAUAGCAAGUGCUAUAAGUAGUCAACGCGUGUUGAAAUAUUUACACGUCACAACUUCCAGUGCUGAUGGGUAAUACAAUGUAAGUGUAUUUAUUUGCACCAUUUUGCAGCCUGCUUACAUGUGCGCAUUGACAAUGAACUGGUUGCAGCGUUGUGCCUAUUGGCCACAUUCUUCUCAAUGCUGCAGACAACACCAAUCGCGCAGCUUAGCACAGUAGUUGGAUGUGGCUGCUUUAUCUUCACAGGGUGUGAUGCUUGCUGGCAUCUGUCUGGCCCAUGUAAACAGGUCUUUCGAUAUUCGCAAAUAACAUGGUUGAGAAGGUUGUGUGUAUACAUUUAAUUUAUAGCAUGACAAUAUGGUUAUGUGAAGGCAUGGUUACCCUAUGAUAUUCAAGUGCAUUAAGAGCCGUUCUGACAUGACACGCCCUGUGCACUAAUGCACUAUCACAAAGUAUAUUGCUCUGAUGUUCACUUACAUGCCAUUUUUGUUUGCAUAUUGUAAUAUCAUGCAUACCAUUGGCUGCAGAUCGCUUACAGGGAUGCAUUACUUGGGCUGUGGGUAUUCACACAAAUAUGGUAGAAAACGUGUGCAGCAUGUUUUAUUCGGAGGUGGAAUGGCAUCCUUUCAUUGCUGCUAUUUUAUAAGUUUUGAAACAUGAUGACAAUUGAAACAGGUAUGGGAAAGCAACAUUAUAGGUUGCAGACAUACGCUUAAAGUACGUGUGAAAUUUAAAUGCAUUGUAUUGGGUGCAGAACAAUACCACCGAAAAAGUGUUAUCUACCGGUGGAAAAACGUUCAUUUAUAAUAACCUUUUAACUUAUUAGCUGAGGCAGUAUACUAUCCAGUAGGUAAGCAAACAUGAACCGUGUUAGUAGAUGUUAAUAUUUCGUUGACGCUUACACGUCAGCAAAUCAGUUGAAAAUUAGUUUUAAAAGGGUAGUUGCCAAUUUCACGUAUUAUAGUAUGAGCGAAAUGUAGCCAUGUGUCUACAGUGAUGAAUUUAUAGCUGAUAAAUCGUUGUUGCCAUCUUUAAAUGAAGGAAAAAUCUGAUGUCCUGCAUGUUUGUAGUAGUUUGUGGCUUUUUACUGUUAGAUUGGUAUGGCUGUAGCUGAGUGGGGUUAACAUUUUGUGCGUCAUGUCAUUUGUGGUGCUGUUGUGUAACUUGCCGUCAAAAACUGCACCUAACAAGCCACAUUGAACAAUCCUAUUUGUAGUUAUUACACAUAAUCACUUCAUUCUAAACAUGAUGCAGUUUAGCAUGGAACAACUAUAAUAUUUGACUGAUCUUGAGUGCCGGCUCCGUGAUUAGCCUAUAUUGAUUGUGUGGUGUAGGUUUGCAGGCAUUCUCAACCAUAGUUCUGUAGUCCUUUAAACAGCGAGAUGGAAUACGCAUAUAUUCACACGUAGUUUUUUUCGUUUGCCAUACUUUUUUUAAUCAAAUGAAGAAUGACGAGCAUAAUAGUACGAUGUAUAUUGUUUUGUUGAAAUGUCAUAUUUGGCCAUUGUAUGAGCUCUUAUUUCCGUUUAAUGUAAUUCAUGGAAUAUGUACACUGGAAACUUACAUGUCGAUCGGUGGACAUUGUAUGAUUUACGAAAGCGCAGUAUGAAACAUUCUGUGCUGAAAUACAAUGGUACGACCCCACUGGUAGACAUGUUGAAAUGAAUUGCAGAAAAUUUGCACAACCAAGUUAUCCAAACUAUUUAAAAACGCCAAGAGGGGUGAUGGGAUGUGGGUGCAGGGUGCGUGAUUUGGGAUUGUAGUAACGUCUCUGCUUUUCCACCAUAAUUUGUCACAUGAAGGCAUCCAGUCUGGAGAAAAAGAAAAUUGUCUGGAAACAAGGUUUACAAAGUAUAUAACGUAUACACAAGCAAAAGUCAAUUUAACACUGCAUUUGCCUGAUUAUGCUUUCACUUCAGUAAGCACACUGCGGGCAACUUCUCAAACCUUGCAACCGAAGCAAAUGCCACAGGUUUUGUAAAUUCCAGAAUGUUUUUAGUAACAGACAAUAAAGGGUGGAAUAUAUUGUGAAGUAAUACAAGGUGGAAAAAUGGAGUUCAUGUACCACAUUAGGCUACAGUUUGCUCGGCGAACAGCUGCUCUACGCGAGUAUGUUAAGGGAAAACGGCGAUUGGAGUCGAGGACGGUUCUAACCCUUCCCAGGAAAUGUGAAGAAACCGAAGUGCUUACUGUGAAUUUGAUUAUCUGCGUGCACAGUGACUAUGUGGCUUUCCCCUUUUGCCGUGUGAUUUUAUCCCAGUUAUUUGCACUUGUUUUAAUUAGUGUGGCUUUGUGUGUUUUGAAAUAAAGCUGUUCCUCCACCUCA